CCGUCUUCUCCCCCACCUCAUAAACGACUUCUUCUAUAAUCCCAGUUCAAAAUUUUAUGUUUCUGAGUCUCGAAGCCAAUGGAGAAUAUGGGAGACUGGGACCAAAACAACCAGCUGAUGAACGAGCUUACACAAGGGAGAGAGUUGGCGAGGCAACUCCAAGUUCAUCUCAAUGCGCCAUCUUCUUCCCAUGAAACGCGGCAGAUGUUGGCACAAAAGAUUGCUUCUUCAUAUGAAAAAGCUCUCUCGAUACUCAAAUUCAGCAGCAGUGUCUCUGUGGGCGAGCCGCAGCCUGCCGGACUUGGUAUCGAGUCUCCGCCGCUCAGUGGGAGUCCCCGGAGUGAGGACUCGGACCAGGAUGGCUCAAGAAAGAGAAGGACGUUUCCAAGGUGGACAACGCGGGUCCGUGUUAACCCAGGAGGAGGAUUAGAAGGGCCUCUUGAUGACGGGUUUAGCUGGAGAAAAUAUGGGCAGAAAGAGAUUCUUGGAGCCAAACAUCCAAGGGGUUACUAUAGAUGCACUCAUCGAAAUGUCCAAGGUUGCUUGGCUAUAAAACAAGUGCAGAGAUCCGAUGAAGAUCCUACAAUCUUUGAAAUAACCUAUCGUGGAAGUCACACUUGUGCACAAGCCUCAAAAAUGGCUGCUUCUUCUUCCUCAGCACCACUUGAAAAUCAAGAACUACUUAUCAACUACCCACCAGUGCAAGUUACUCAAGAACAACAACAAGAGGCAUUAUUGAAUCUGGGACAAGGCCUUAAAGUUACAGAAGAUUUUGGCGUUGAAAUCACUCAUUCAAACACUGAAAGCCAUUUGUUCCCGCCUAACAAUUUUACAGGAGGGAACUUUCCACUUUUCUCGGCUUCUUCAAGCGGGAUGAAUAGCUUUCAAGGGUUUCAAAGUUCUGAUCAGUCAGAAUUGAAUGAGGUUGUGCCAGCUGCUACGUCUUCUGCAACCGAUUCUCGAACUGUAGGCAGCUUGGAUUUCCCUGAAUUCGAUCCAAACUUCACGUUUGACAGUUCACUCUUUUCCUCCUUCCAGCCCUUCGGAAAAUGAAGGGUGAUUUUGCUUAGCCACGUCGUCAUCUUGAUUCUGAUAUGGCUAGUUUGUAUUUUAGUGAUUGUUUCGCAAUUUCAUUCAGAAAGCAAUAAACUGAGAAUUCAUGAUCGU